AUGUCAACUGCGCCAAAGACCAACGAGAACGCUACCAGCGAGGUUUCUCAGAACCAGCCAGCAGCCACUACUAAUGGAGUGGCUGUCUCCGAGGUAGCGUCUUCACAGGAGGAGAACAUUGAUCUCGAGGCCGAGGCCAACGACAAUGAAGAGCAUUCGCCGGAGGAGGUUCCAUACCAGUUGAAGAUCAAGGCGCCCAAUGGAGUCGUAGUUCCGAUUAUUGCAACCUCCCAGGAGACGAUCCAGGAUCUCAAGCAAGUGGUCAGCGAGACAGCGGGCACAAUCGAAUACUCGUGCUUCUACCUGACACUCGACGGACAACGGCUUAAUGAUUUUGUUGAGCUCGGAGAAAUUGAGGGUCUGGAGAAGGAGUGUCAGUUGGGGCUGGUCGAGGAUCAGUACACAGAGCGCGAGGCGCGGCUCCACGUCACCCGUCUGCGUGAUCUCCUCGUUGGCCCGACCACGGCGAACCCGAACAUCGCUGGGUUGGACGCCGGCGCUUCGAUCUUCAGCACCAUCAAGCAUCCGAAGGGCGGAUCGGAUGAUAUCAAUGACGAAUCUGACUCCGAAGAGGCAGCAAAGCCCACGCAGACAAACAAAGCCGGAAAGGGUGGCAAGAAAAAGAACGACGGCGGUGCCGGAGGCAAGCAGGCCGCUGCAUCUGGGGAGGAGGACCAGCAGGAGGUCGAGGGCGAGGCAUCAGUGAAGAGCAAGCCCAUCGAGCACGCGUUUAAGGGCUACGAGCUUGGCAAGGUGCCCUCCUUCAAUGUCAUAUCUGCCGAGGAGGCGAUCGCUGGACUUGGGCUCCCACAGUGCAUCAAGCAGAUUAUCCUGAGUGGAUGGAACCCCGUGCCGCGGUACCGGCAGCUCAAGGGCGAUCUGCUUUACCUCCUGGUGACGACGAUCGAGAACCAGAGCUACCAUAUCACGGCGUCGCGCACCGGGUUUUACGUCAACUCGUCCAGCCUUGUCCGCUUCAACCCAGAGCCCUUUGGCGAGGCCAGGGCCGGACAGGCGGGCGUCCGCGAGAGCGACUUUUACCAGGCGCAUUCGCUGAUCACCCUGCUUAGGCGGCUGUCGGCUCGAUUUGGGCGCGGACUCGACGAGCUGCAGAGGGAGGUGGCCAGGCGCGAGACGGUUGAGGUGCUACCGUUUGUGUCGGCCGAGCAGGCGGCAUCGCCGUGGCUGGUGCGCGGCGCUGCAAACCGUGUGCCUGGGGCCUACGACCUGGGCCACCCGCAGGAGGUGUGCCUGCGGCUGGGCGCUCAGGGCACCGACUCGCUGCGCGACUGGAACGAGGAGCUGCAGAGCAUCCGCGAGAUGCCGCGCAGCAACUUGUCCGAGCGCGUGCUGCGCGACCGGCAGCUGCACAAGUGGUACUCGGAGUUUGCUGGAGCUGUGGUUGUGGGCGCAAUGGGUGUGGUGGACGGCGAGAUGCUGCCGCUGAACCCGACCGAGCCCAAGGACCAGCACAUGUUCCUGCAUGACAACAUCUUCUACAGCAAAGGAUUCGACGGCCGCGACAUGUUCACGGAGCUCGGCGGCGAUGCCGCUGCGCAUGUGGCCACAGGCAAGGACAUCACGGGAGUCCGGCUGCUCAACCAGCUGGACACCGAGGGCCUGCAUACGCUGGGCAGCGUGGUCGUCGACUACCGUGGGCUGCGCGUGGUUGCGCAGUCUGUCGUGCCUGGCAUUUUCCGCCGCCAGGACACCACGCAGAUCGUCUACGGCAGUGUCGACAACGGUGUGACCGUCGGGGCUGACGCUGAAUUCCACCAGCUACUUGCGCCCGUGGCUAAGGCGCUGCACUUUGGCGAACAUGUGGUGGCUGACGCUGAGGGCACCGAGUUCUCGCUGUAUACGUCGUCGGACGUCAAGGGCUUGACGGGAACUGACGGGCGCAAGUACAUGCUGGAUCUCUACCGCAUGUCCCCUGUGGACGUCGAGUUCUUAGAGGCCGAGUGCACUGAGGCGCGGGAGGGAUCGUCGCUGCCCGUGUAUCCGCACAAGCUGGUGCUGCUGCGCCCUGAGCUUCUGGACAUCUUCUGGGAGACCAGCGUGCGCAAGGCCGUCCAGGAGUACGCCGCCGAGAAGGCCAAGCGCAGCGAGGAGGCUGGCAAGGGCGAGGACGCCAAGAAGCCCGAGGAGGGCGAGCCUGGGACUGAAACCGCCGAGGCCAAGAAGCCUGAGGAUGCAAUGGCUGACUUUGACUUUAGCCUCGAGUUCACCCCCGACGCAUUCACGCAUAUCCAGAAAAAGGGCUCUGAAUCGGGCGGCUCGGCUGAGCCGCCGAUGCAUGCGGCGGUGCGCAGCGCGUCCAAGUUCCUGCGCGAAGUCGGCGUUCCAGCAUUCGCGCACGAGCUGGCGUCCUACACGACCUCGCCGCUGAGCGGCGACGCACUGGUCACAGCUAUGCACCAGCGCGGCAUCAACAUGCGGUACCUCGGGCAAAUUGCCGCCCUGCUGCCCGGCGACAUCGAGAUUGUGCGCAACGUGCGGCGGCUGGUGAUCUUCGAGAUGAUCUCGCGCGCGACCAAGCACGUAGUGCGGCGGUUGUUCCGCGCCACGCCGGCGCAUCUGCACGGCGAGGUGUUUGCGCUGGUGGCCAACGGCCUUGUGGGUACGCACAGGUGCACAGACCCGACGCAGCUUCUGUCCGCCGAGGCCCACGCCGUGCGGGAGCUUCGCGAGCUGACGCCAAGCGUGCUGGCAGAGGAGAUCCGCGCGCAGGUGGCGCUGCGGUUCCGGUUUGAUCUGGCCGCGGACUUUGUCGAGACCCUGGUCAGCGGCAGCGAGCGCAUUCUGCUGCGCGAGGCGACGCUCAAGGUGGGUGCGCAGCUCGCCCUGCGCCAGUACCACUUUGAGAAGCCGCAGGAGAGCGCCGUGCAGGCGGAGGUUCUGGCAAGCCUGGGGCUGGGCCACGGGAAGCUGACCAAGGUGGCCAAGCGGCAGGUGCGCGAGCUCAUCGACGCUGCCAUGGCGCGGCAGCUGGUGGUGGAGGCCGACGACGUGCUGAACUUCGUGGCCAAGACCAAGGUGUCGACGCACAAUUCGUCGUUCGCUGAUGAGGCCUUCGAGGCCGGCCGCAUGUCGCUGGAGCAGGGCCAGCGGACGCUCGGCUUGGAGCUUCUGCUGGAGUCGCUGGCGCUGCACGAGCAGACCUUUGGCUUCCUCCACUCAGAGUCCGCUCGCUGCUACGCGGUCGUAUCCUUGGCGCACUACGACGCGGGCGAGCACGAGCUGGCCGCGGAGUAUAUGGCCAAGGCCGUGGUGAUCUCCGAGCGCACUGUCGGUUUGGACAACCCGCUGACCAUCCACAACUACCUCAACCUGGCACUGUACGAGCACGCGCGCGGAAAUACGCUGCUGGCGCUGCGGCUUAUGCGCCACGCCGUCGAUCUCUGGGGCCUGGUCAACAGCGCCGACCACCCGGACCUGGCCACCGCGCACAACAACAUUGGCGUCAUGCUGCAGUCCCUGCGGCUCUUUGACGACGCCCUGGUGUUUAUCCGGUCGGCUCUGGAGAUUCGCCUCAAGCUGCACGGCCCCGACAGCGUCCUCGUUGCCAACGCCCAGCACGCACUGGCCAAGGCACUGGCGCUGACUGGUGACUUUAAGGCGGCGGUGCAGGUCGAAAGGGAUGCGCACAAGUUCUUCAGCGCGCGCUUCGGCGAUGAGGACCCCAGGAGCAAGGAGACUGCGGAGUGGCUGGCGGAGCUCACGUUCAAUGCUGUGCGCACUGCCAAGUUGACCAAGGCAGCGAGGGAGAAGCUGAGCCAGGCGGCGACUUUGGGUGGCCUGAUGCAGAUGGAUCGCGGAUCUCAGCAGGAGCAGCAGCAGGCUGGCGCAGAGGCGGCAGCGGCUCCUCAGGCUGGUAACGCCAAGGGUCUUUUGCCCAUUGAUGAUCUGAUCAAGUUCAUUACUGGAAGCAGCAACCUCGCCGAUAAGCCGCGCCCCAGCGGCGGGCGCCGCGCCAAGGGCGGACCCAAGGGCAGCAAGCGCUGA